CGCGCGGGCCCGGCGCGGGGUCCCGCAGCCAUGGAUCGCGCCGCAGACGCGGCCGCCGCGCCGCCGCCGUGGUGGAACUACUUUUUCCUUUAUGAUGGUUCCAAAGUUAAGGAAGAAGGAGAUCCUACCAGUGCGGGGAUUUGUUAUUUUUAUCCUUCUCAGACCCUCCCUGACCAGCAGGACCUGCUGUGCGGGCAGGUCGCGGGAGCCGUGCGCUGUGUGACUGAGAUCUCAGGAGCUCCUCCCAGCCUCAUUCGCCUCAGGAAGCUCAAGUUUGCGGUUGUGGUGGACACAGAUUAUCUGUGGGUCCUGGGCUGUGCUGUCGAGCUCCCUGAUGUCAGCUGUAGGCGUUUUUUGGAGCAGCUGAUCAGCCUCUUCACUUUCUACAAUGGCCCAGUGCACCAGGCAUACAGGGCAUUUUCUCAGGAGGAGCUGAGCAGGAGGUGGGACAGAUACAUCGAACACAUCCAAAGAAACACCAGCGACCUCCACAAGGUUUUCAAUUCUCUCUGGAAUUUGGACAGAACCAAGGUGGACCCUCUGCUUCUCCUGAAAGCAGCUCUCAUCUUGCAGACGUGCCAGCGCUCUCCCCAUGUCCUGGCAGGCUGCAUUCUCUACAAAGGCUUGAUUGUGAGCACCCAGCUGCCGCCUCCUCUCACUGCCAAGGUUCUCUUCCAAGGCAAUGAGUCUCCAGACCAGAGUGAGCCUGGAGGUGAGGAGCAGCGGGAGCCUGGUUGCACGUUGCCGCAGGGUGUCCGAAUCGUCCCCGUAUUCCUGACGGAAGGCGAGAUCUCAGCGCUCAGAGACUUCCCAGUGGAGUGGAUGAGCAGGUCACCUGUGUCCUCAGCAAGCCCUAGAGAAGAGAAGAAUGCUCUCUGCCCCCAGGCAGUUUCAGAAUCAACAGACCUGAAUAACAUCUCUGUGCAGGAGCCCCCUGAGCCAGCUUCACGCAGAGCUGCACCAGAAGAUGCUGUGCCACCCAGCAGCCUUGCAAACACGGGGCCUUUCGAGGGCUUCCCUGGAAUGGAAGCCAGUGCAAAGAAUUCUCCAACUGCAGAAGCAUCCUUCUCAUCAGAGGGAGACAGGAAGGAGCUGCCCAGCCCUGCCACACUCCCUGCUGCUGAGUGUGUGCAAGCUGCAGGUCUGUCUAUGGAAGGCUUUUCCUUCCCAAAACCUUACUCCCAGGAGCAGGAGAGCCUGAGUGGGGACACAUCCCUUGUGGACUCUGAUGUUGUGCAGCACAGUUUCCAAAGUAACACAACCAGUGGCAGUCUAGCAAUUUGCUCUCCAGCCCAGGAGCUGAGCAGGAGGAAAGCAAGUGAGCAACAAGAGACUCUGAGCCAAAGCAGUGUCUCUGGAGAAAGCAGAGGUGCAGCUGGUGGCAACGUACUGGGUCUGGAUUGUCCAGGCAGUGCUGCACAGCCUGAGCCCUGCAGCAGGAGUGGGCUGCCAGCUGCAGAGGCUCAGGAGAGGCUGCCUGGUGACCCAGCAGAGCCCAGGCACUGUGCCAGGAACAGGGCCAGUGGGCACCCAGGCACCCAGGCUGGUGUGGAGCCAGGCAACCAGGGCAGACCAGUGCAGAUGAGCUUGUACCUUCACUGCGUUAAGGGGCUUGUGCUCUCCCUCCUGGCUGAGGAUCACCUGCGAGAGGACCAGAGCUCUGUUGAGGAUGUGUACCACAGCAGCCUGGCUUCUCUCAACGGCCUUGAGGUUCACCUGAGGGAGACUCUGCCCAAAGACUCCUCAUCCUCAGCCAAGACAACCUACAGCUUCGCUCACUAUGACUGUGUUCAGAACGUGCUCAUGGCCAACCUGCCCCAUGCUCCUGGCCCCCUGGACCGGCACUUCCUGCGAGCUGCUGCACUGAUCCACUCCGACUUCAGCCACCUUCCCACAGCUUCUGAGGUGAUAGUUAGGAACGCCUCCACCGCCGUGUACGCCUGCCGCAGCCCCGUCCAGGAGACCUACUUCCAGCAGCUGGGAGCCCCGCUGCGCAACUCGGGCGUCCCCAGCCCUCAGGACAGCGCCUUCAGCCUGCCCAGCAAGGCCAAGCAGAAGCUGCUGAAGCACGGAGUGAACCUGCUGUGAGCUGCCAACGCGGUUCAGCCCCUGCUGAAGUCGGGUCGUCUCCAGGGAUGGAAAGUCUCCAAGCCACGUGUAUCGUUGUGGAGGCUCUGCAGGGCGUGCAGCUCCUCACCCUGAGGCCAGGCACUCAUCCUGCCCCAUCCCCUCAGCACCUCCUGUGCUGGUGCAGGGCAUUGGUGACGUUGGCACUUCCCAGAGACUGAAGGCAGGACCUGGCUGUGUCAGGGUGUGUGGUUACAUGGGCUCUGGGAUGCUUCGUGCUGCCACAGGCUGAGGCUCCUGGAGUGCCUUGACCUGAAGUAAAUCCUCCUGUUCCUCUGAGCUGCACAGGCCCUGGGGCAGUGCUGUCCCUCAGAGCUGUUAGUCAGACCCUGCCUCUGCCUGGAGCCCUGUGCCCAUGCUUGUCCUGGUCACACUUGGGCUUAUUGUACUCACUUGGACCUGUUAAUCUAUAGGAACAAUCCCCUGCCAUGACAUAAUGCCUUACCUUGA